AUAACGCGUAUCAGAAAGUUGGAGGCGGUUUCUUUUGCGCGUCUCCUACUCUUCGUGGCGGUUUCGCUCUUCGAUCGGUCUUCGGUGAGUGUUCUUCUUCAUCUCGUGAUUUUCCUGGGGAGAAGAAUCAGUGCGGUAUACGGUUCUAGGGCUUUGUUUUUUCGAUACUCGAUUCUUUGGUUCUCGAUAAAUUUUCCCUUUUUCUUGUUGGGUUGUCGAUUUUUAGGGUUAGGGUUAGGGUUUUUCCUCCCAAUUCUUGGCCUUUUGAUUACAUGGCGGCUGGAAGAGUCGGUGUUUCCAGGAGGAAUGAUUUUUACAAGUACUCCAAAAAGGAACAUGAUUAUCAUAGAAACCCUAAUCGUGGUGUGGAGUUGAGUCGAGAUCGCGAUCGGGGCGUUACGGGUAGGAAUGGGUUCGAUUCGUUGUCGAGGGUGAGCGGUGAUGUUGGUGGUCGUCGUAAUGUGUUCCGUGUUAGGAUCGGUGAAAAAGAGCUUGGUAAGUUAUCCUCUGGGCGUAAAAUUGGAUCUCAGAUGGUGGAUAGUGAGACUUCUGAGGUUGAUAAUGGGGUUAAGAUGAACUGUGAUAGAAAGAGGAAGUUUUCGCCUAUUGUGUGGAACGCGGAGAAGGAAGUGAGGAUUUCGUCAAAGAAUGGGGUUGUAUCUAUGAGCACUGCGUUGUCUCAGCCUAAAUUGUUGGGUGAAGUUGUUUCAGAUGAGGUUGUUGCGGUGCACGGUGAUGCUGAUCGGAUUCAGUGCUUGCAGUCUUCUAUUAUAGAGUCCCAUGUGGUGAGCGGCUCUGCUGAAACUGCUGUUGUGGAGCCUCCUGCAUGUUUGUCUUCUCUGAUGCCUGGUCAGCGCUGUGGGAGGAGUGGUGAAGAAGUGGAGCAGCUGGAGGAGGAAGUUGUUUGUUCCUGGAAUAUCGCCACAUCUAGGUGGGCAUCUGAAAGUGAUUCUCCAAGAGAAAAAUGUUUCUCUGAUAAUGGAAAUAUGCCCAAGCGAAGUAAAAUGAGUUCUCCUAUGGAUUCACCUUCAAGAACUCUAUUAGAUGGAAAGGCAUCCAGUCCUGAGAGUGGGGAGUUUCAAAGAGAAGACUCAGAAGGAGAUAGGGCUGAAUCUUCUGUAACCGAUGAAGUUGGUAUUUUCAUAGGGCGUGCUGGUGGAGAAGAAUGUUCUGGAAAUGAAUUAGACAACAAUGAUUGUAUGGAAAUCAAUGACGGUGAGGAUGAGACUCGUGUUGAUUAUCAGUCGGGCUUGGAUUCUGAGGAUGGUAAUGAGGUUCAUCUUCCGGUAGAGUCGCUGCCUCCCCCACAAAGGAGUGUAAACAUGCUUCAGGAAUGUAGAAGUGUGUUUGAAUAUGAUAGGCUCAAUAAAAUAAACGAAGGUGCAUAUGGUGUAGUGUAUAGAGCCAGGGACAAAAAAACGGGGGAAAUCGUGGCAUUGAAGAAAAUGAAAAUGAAGAUAGCAGAAACAGAUGGUUUCCCUAUGACAGCUUUGAGGGAAAUAAACAUUCUCUUGUCUUUUCAUCACCCCUCGAUUGUGGAUGUUAAAGAAGUUGUUAUGGAUGACUUUGGUACUGUUUACAUGGUUAUGGAGUACAUGGAACAUGACCUUAAGCGGCUGAUUGAAUUGAAGAAACGGUCUUUCUCUUUAAGUGAAGUUAAAGGCAUGAUGCUGCAGCUGUUGGAGGGUGUCCAGCAUCUUCAUCAUAAUUGGGUGCUACACAGGGAUUUGAAGACAUCAAAUCUUCUUUUGAACGACAAUGGUGAGUUGAAAAUCUGUGACUUUGGGUUGUCUCGCCAGUAUGCAAGCCCAUCUAAACCAUAUACUCAGUUGGUGGUCACUCUAUGGUACAGGGCUCCUGAACUUCUGCUGGGAACAAAACAAUACUCAACGGCGAUUGACAUGUGGUCUGUGGGUUGUAUAAUGGCUGAACUUUUAGCGAAAGAGCCACUAUUCCAAGGGAAAACUGAAUUGGAUCAGCUUGACAAGAUUUUUAAGAUUCUUGGAACACCCAAUAAAACAAUUUGGCCAGGGGUUUCCAAUUUGCCUGGAUUCAAAGCCAACUUUGUCAAGCAACCGUAUAAUCUGUUGAGGAAGAAAUUUCCAGCUACAUCUUUCACUGGAUUUCCAGUUCUCUCUGAUUCAGGGUUUGACCUGUUGAGCAAACUUCUAACGUACGACCCUGAGAAGCGAAUAACCGCAGAAGCUGCAUUGGACCAUGACUGGUUUCAUGAGGUACCCCUUCCCAAAUGUGAAGGUUUCAUGCCUUUUUUCCCUGCUCAACAUGCUCAGGACAGGCAUCUGCAGAGAAUAAUUGACAGCUUGCAUCCCUAUAGAAGAGCCAUGAAGCAAGAAUUUGCUGCAAGGGUCGCUGACUCUGGUGGUUUGUUCUUAAGAGAUGGAAAUGGUGGAUGAUCAUCUGUUCAUAUCCUUCACAUAUUAUUUGUUUACAGAUAAGCAAUUUUGAGGUGAGAUACUGACAUUGUGUACCAAGUUGUGAAAACUUUUAUUGAGGAAUUGAUAUUUUGGCAGACACAAAUGCGAUGUGUUGCAGAAAUUAGCAUCAUGUCAGCAAGAUUGAUUUAAGGAUGGUUUUGUCCCUGGCUAUGUAAUUGUUUGAUGGUCCCUUGUGCUUGAAUCUCAAGGUGGGGCUGAAUGAUCUUUACACUCUCUUUUUCCUUUUUAUAUUUGGUCAGUUACAGUUGAAACUUAUGUAAAUAUUUCAUUCUAAAGAUGCUUUUAUACUAGCUAUAAAGUUUGAAAUGUUAUGGAUUUAUUUCCCUGCCUUGCUCUACGGUUCCUUUAAAUGUUUGCACUUUGCUUGCAAGAAAUUACUGGUAUAAGUCAAUGACAAAGUGGAGGGAGCGUUCUUGGCGUUUCAUACCUGGACAACAGAUAACAUUACAUCUGUAAGUUGUUUUACUGAUAUGAUAUUUGUACCAUGUCAACAAAUAUCAGGAUUUUGUCUUCAUGAUGGAUUCUUUUCUAUUACAAUCAAGGUGAUGACCAUAGGUCCAUUCUUCCUGGUUUUCUGCUGAAACAUAUGCAAGUGACGGCACAUCUUGCUGCAUCCUCACAUUGUGGAGUUGCAAGGGAAGUUUUAUCUUUGAAUUAUAUUCAUUUGCUUAUUUAUUUAUGUUCACUUGUGAUGCUUCAACUGGUACUUUUUGUGAUUAUUGUCAACAUCUUUUCUAAUCAGUUAAAGAUAGAAUUAAGCAGAUUGACCUAUCAUAAAAAGAUGGUAACAAGUAAAAUCAAAAUGAGAUGCAAUUGCCUCAACCUCACCCUGAACCCCCAAGGAGGAAACCUUUAUAAAUAUGUCAGCAAUUUGAGUGAAUAGACAUGGUGGUGCCAGGAUAACGUUCCAAAUUGACUUGUAUUAGAUUUGAUAUCUUUAAAAAGGUGGUUGGUGGUGUUGCUACUUGUCUCAAAUAGAUGUUUUGUAUUUAUGCGGUUCCACUUUGUUUUAUUUAUUUAGGGGAAAGGCUGUACCAAAACUUUGCCUAUGCAUAUUCAUAAAUUGAUUUGAUUUUGUCCUGGUUCAUGGGUAUAAUACUUUCAUACCUGUCAAAUUCCUGCUUAGGUUAACAUUGCCCUUUGUACAUAGCAUUUUCUAGUUUGGUGUUUGACAGAACUUUGUGAAGGCAAAUGACGGGAGGACUUGUUCUAGCAUUACAGUUGUAAGUUAUUUCAGGUUCAGAAGUCUUACACAACGUUCUUAAAAUUUGAUCAGCAUCUUCUUUUCUGUUUAUUUAUUGGUUUUGGCUGGUGCUGCCUGCCCAUGUAAGGUCCAAGUUCUCAACCAUUCCUUCAUAGUAACAAAAUUAUCAUGCGUUUGAAGCAAUGGAGGUUGGCAAGCACUCGGCUUGCUCAAUGUGAUCACUUGUAAGGUUUCCCCUUUUAUGCACAUCUUCAAUUGCACUAGUUUCCCCUGGUGCUUAUUAUGCAUUGGAUCUCAUACUUGGAUUGAAGGUACAAAACCCAUUGCCUGCAUGCUAUAAUUAUCAAAUACUCGAUUAUUUUAUUACUUGAGAUCUCUGUUGAUAUUUUUGCCAUCUAAACAUUACUAAAUAACCUAAAUCUGCGUCAACUCCCUAAAAAUGAUGGCAAAUCAAUACUAGGCAAUGGGUUUUGAAUGAUUUUUAGGAAUAAUUGAAUGAUUUUUGGUGUCUCUGUGUUCAUGUGUCUUUGUCUCCACUUAACCUGUGUGAUUGAAUUUAACGAGUACAGAAAAGGGAGUGGAUGAUCUCCGAUUUUACUUUUUCUUCCAACUUCCUGAAUUUGUUAUUAUCUCGGAGCUUUGAUAUUCAGCUUGAGGGUGAUGAUGCCAAAAAGAAUAAAGCAGGCAGAAAGAAUGAUAGUGAUGGAUGACAGGGCAUGUAGAAUGUCCCAGUGCUAUUUUGAUAUUAUCUUUUUGUGCAAGUGUUGAAACAAGUACUUGAAAGUUCUACCGAAGGCUAAUCUAAAAUCUAAGAUGUGUUUUAUGAAAUUUUGGUGACAGUGAGGUCCAAAUUAUUAGUUAUCAAAUGGAAAGGGUGUGGCUUUUUAUUUUUA